AUGGACCAGUCGAGUUCUUCUCACACCCAGCCGCGCUCACGGCCUCGCUCAAGUCAGACAACCGUGUCCGUCAACUGGGAGGACGCACACUCCGUCUCGCCUCAACCUCGCAUCAAGUUCGAGGUCGCCGAGUGCAUCGAGACAAAGACGAUCACCACCACAACCACCACAAAGAGAUCCUUCCCUCCCAUGUUCGUUCGAGAGCCGAGACCCCUGACGUCUCUGGACACCAAGGACUACCCUCUCGCACAGAAGCCCAUGCCUCCCGAGUUGACCAACUUCACCUACGACGUCGAUGAGCAUGGUGCCCUUUCAUGGCCAACAGAUAGCGACCUGGACCAAGAGUUCCAAUCAUUCAGCGACGAUAUGAGCCACGACGUUAAGCCCCAAGCUGAGGCGGGCUUCGAGUCCGUUCGACGACCUGCCAAGACGCUUCCCAACUCCGAAGCCGCGAGCGGCAGACACAACAAGAUGAACACGCGUGCUGCGUCACCGAGUGCCCGAAGCCUUUUGAAGAGAUCUGCCAGCAAAUCCGCCCGAUCCCACGCCAGUGCCGUCUCAGACAAGCUUCGCAGAGCCAUAGCACACGGCAAUCAAAAGGAGAACGUCAACGAAAACAGUGCCAGACUGGGAGGUCUUCCUAUCACGCCGGAUACAUCUGAGCUCGCCGGAACGAGCGCGGCUGCAGCCCGACCCCCUCUGAGAGCCCGACGGUCCCAUCUCGAUUCGUUUGAGACCCCCGAUUCGGAUCCGAGCUGUCUCCCAUCGGACGAGUACUUCAACAUCUCGAGCCCUUCAGGCAGCGAUUCCCACACAGCCUUCAGCGGCAGCAACGUGGCUACUCCCCCCGUUACGGACGCUGACGCCGAAGCCUUUGUCGACGCCGACGAAUCUUUACAGCAGUCCAUCCGUGCCUUGCACCACCCUCGCCCGCUGAACACUCUUGUCGCCCAAGACGCAAGCUUGCCCAGCCCACGAUUGUCUCCGACUCUCCAGGCCUCCCAGCUGCACUUGAACGAUCGUGAAGAUGACGAUGAGGAUCUGUCUAUUGUCGUUCCCGACGACAGCCAGAUGACUGGUGACGACGAGUAUGACGAGUCAUCAGCGCUGGUGGGAGCUUCUCCGCACGCAUUGCAACGCUUUGGAGCGUCACAGCUGGCCCUGUCCAGCUUUAUGGACAGCCAGUCAAUGCUAGAUACUUUCGACUCUAUGCCGGCCGAGAUGAAGUCAUUCAUGAUGUAUCAGUUCCUUCGCCGGUGUUCCAGGAAGACCCUCCAUGUCGUGGCAGGAGUCGUCAACCCUGCCUUGAAGUGUGAUGUCCUCAAGGAUCUUCCUCUGGAGUUGACUUUACACAUUAUCUCAUAUCUCGACGUUCGCGAGCGAUGCCGCGCCAGUCAGGUAUCGAAGACCUGGCGCAACAUCAUUGACAGCGACGAGACCGGCUGGAAGGAGCUUCUUGAUCGGGAUGGAUUUGCCUUGCCACCCGGCGAACUCGAUCGCGCGAUCACGGAAGGAUGGGGCUGGCAGGAUCCAGUCGGACCAGAGGGCGCCGAACGGGACUUGAGCCUGCAAAACCGACUCACAGCAACUGAAUCUGAACUUCGCUCUUCCAAGCCUGAUCCCCCACCCCAGAAAUUGCGAAGUUCCAAGCGUAAGAGAGCUUUGAACAACUUUGGCUCCGACCGUUACAAGCGACGUGCCAGUGCGCAGGACAGUGUCAGCAGAGAGCGCGAGGAUGCUCCGAUCGAGGUCAAGAUGCACAAGUCGGAAGGUCCCAACUCUGCUGCAAACGCAGCAGCCCUUGCUGUUCCUGACCCGCACAUUGGUCUGAACAGCUUGCGUAAGCUGCAUCUCUUCAAGUCCCUUUACCGCCGUCAUUACAUGAUUAGGAAAAGCUGGACGAGCGGCAAGGUCAAGCCCAGUCACGUUGCUUUUGCCGCCCACCCACGACAUGUCAUUACAUGUCUGCAGUUUGAUGAGGACAAGAUCAUCACUGGCAGCGAUGAUCAACUCAUCCAUAUCUACGACACCAAGACUGGCAAGUUGCGUAAGCGCUUGGAAGGACACGAGGGCGGUGUCUGGGCUUUGCAAUAUGAAGGCAACAUCUUGGUCUCCGGGUCCACCGAUCGAUCUGUCCGUGUAUGGGAUAUCGAGAAGGGACUCUGCAGCCAGGUCUUCUACGGUCACACUAGUACUGUCCGAUGCCUGCAGAUUCUCAUGCCGACUGAUACUGGCAAGGUUGAGAAUGGGGCGCCGGUCAUGAUGCCACCCAAGCCUCUGAUCAUAACCGGUUCUCGUGACAGUCAGCUACGUGUUUGGCGUCUUCCGGAACCGAACUCUCGAAGAUACAUCCAGACUGGCCCCCCUGCCAACGACGCAGACUGCCCAUACUUUGUUCGCACCCUGCACGGACACACUCACUCAGUCCGCGCUAUCGCCGCUCACGCUGACACCCUUGUCAGCGGGAGCUACGACAACACCGUUCGCGUUUGGAAGAUCAGCACUGGCGAGACUGUGCAUGUGCUACAGGGUCAUUCCCAGAAGGUUUACAGUGUAGUGCUUGAUAUGGCACGAAAUCGCUGCAUCUCGGGUAGCAUGGACAGUUUCGUCAAGAUCUGGGAUUUGGAGACCGGAGCUUGUACGCAUACCCUCGAGGGCCACAGCCUUCUCGUCGGACUCUUGGACCUUCGAGACGAGCGCCUGGUGUCUGCGGCCGCAGAUUCCACCCUGCGCAUUUGGGACCCUGAGAGUGGCAGAUGCCAAUCCACGCUAACCGCCCACACCGGUGCAAUCACUUGUUUCCAGCACGACGGUCGCAAAGUUAUCAGUGGUAGUGACAGAACUCUGAAGAUGUGGGAUAUUCGCACAGGCGAAUGCAUCCAAGACCUACUCACCGACCUUAGUGGUGUCUGGCAAGUUCGAUUUGAUGAGCGACGUUGCGUUGCCGCGGUGCAGCGAGAUUCGCUUACUUAUGUUGAGAUUCUUGAUUUCGGUGCUGUUCGUGAUGGCAAAAACCCUGAGGAGCUUGGCAGGCGCAUUUUGCUCAAUCCCUCCGAGGUCCAGCGGCUUACAGCAGCUGAGAACGACGAUAACUAG